CGGCGCUACCUGCCGUUCCUGCUCGGCAAAGCCCCCGCUUCCUGUCGCUGCGGGGCCCGGCACCUUCCCGGAGAACGACGGUCCUUCCUGCCCUCCGCGGAGCGCACCCUGUGGGGCCGGAGGAGGUGGGCCCGGCCCUCGCUCAGCGCACCCUCUAUGGCCUGGCCAGUGAUGCACAAACCCUCCCCCCUCAGGAAUCCCGGUGGGGAGAGUAAUACCCCUCCCCCGACACACCCAUGGGGCAGAGAGGGAAGCCCUAUCCGUCAACCCCAGCAUAGGCCACUCCCCACUCAUGUAUAUGAACACUCUUAAAGCCCAGCAAAAUCCCAUGUGCCCCUCUGUGGUGGAGGACACCCCAGUGUUUACCCUAGGGCUGCUAGUUUUGGUUGGAUAUAUUCCUGGAGAUUUCAUCACAUGACAUAAUCUUUAAUUCUUGGAGACUCCAGGCUAAUCCUGGAGGGUUGGCAACCCUAAUUUACCCCUUACAUACUAUUGUAGUAAUCUUUAUACAAAAUAUAUCUUGUAAGCUAUCACUUGAAAAUCCAUAACUUGCUGUUUAGUAAUGGCCUGGUGAACUAGGUAUGGCAAGAUGACUGCAGAAUUUAGUAAUCUUUUGAUUCUAAAGCAAUCUUCGUACGUAUUUUCAAAUAAUGGCAUUAUACUACUAAAGAUUGAGCAAUCAUCUCUGUAUCAUUUUACACAGUUAAUUUAUUAUUCAUUGUACUGGAUGAGAUGGCAGAACAGAAGGAAAUUGGAAAACAAUACACUAGAAGCUGGGUGGUGAUGACCGUACUGAUUCUCUUUUCCAAGUAAAAUGUAACUAGGCUUUAAACAAAGGAGUUAGACUUUAAGUUUUGCCAUGUGAUCAUUCAAUUACUAAAAUAUUUUAACAUGGGUAUGAGGGUUGGAAACUGCAGUUGAUAUAGGGUUUUUUAUUAUUAUUAAUGCUAUACUAUGUUUGCUGCUGCUACCAAAAACUUCGUUAAGCAGGUUGGUGACGGUGGGAGAUUAGUCCCUGUUCCUAGCCUCAGUGAAGCUGACAAAUACCAACCUCUGAGUCUUGUUAUUAAGAAGAGAAAAUGUUUUCUUUCAAAAAAAUCUAAAUUUGCUUCGACACCUUUCACCCUAAAAGACAUUCUUCAGGGAGAGAAAGAAAUUUCAGCUGGUGAUGGGGGCCAUGAAAUUAAGCCAGGUGUUUCAUCCUAUCAGCUGUUGAAUUAUGAAGACAAAUCAGAUGUUUCACUCUAUGGUAGACGAGGAAAUCAAAUAAUGAGUGACGUUGGGGUCAAUAUUGCUGGAUCAGAUUCUAUUGCAGUAAAAGCUUCAUUUGGUAUCGUGACCAAACAUGAGGUUGAAGUACCAACAUUACUUAAAGAACUUACUACUAGAAAAAUUAACUUUGAUCACUGCCUAGUCCGACAAUCAAGAGAAAGUAGGAAAGAGGUUCUGUGUGUGGUCAUGGAAAGUAUUAGAACAACACGGCAAUGCUCAUUAUCUGUGCAUGCUGGUAUGCGUGGGGAAACAAUGAGGUUUCAUAUUAUUGAGGACCAAAAUCACAAGGGACGAGACAAAGCUAUUGUUUUUCCAGCUCACACAACUAUUGCAUUUAGUGUAUUUGAACUUUAUAUUCACUUAGAUGGUAAUUUUGAGUUCUGUGUCACUCCAGUUUCAAAAGGAGGAUUUGAAAAAGAGCAAUCUGGAUCAUUUUCAUUGAACAAAUUAAGGAGGAAUCUGUUCCACCGAAAUAAAAGGGUAAUGGAUAUCAUUGCUAAUUCAGAUGCUUACUUGGAGGACCUUUUUACAGACUAUUAUGAAAAAGCUGCAAGCAUGACUGAUAUCUCUACAAGCUAUCUCAGAGAAGGGUCUCAUAUCCGGGUUAAUUUACUUAAUAACAACAUCCCAAAAGGUCCUUGUGCCCUUUGUGGAAUGGGAAAUUCUAAAAGAGAAACAGUUUAUGGAUGCCUAGAGUGUUCUUUUAAUGGACAAAAGUAUGUACGACUGCAUGCUGUGCCCUGCUUUGAUGUCUGGCACAAGAGAGUGAGAUAAAUGAUCUAUGAAUGUGACUAUUGUUAUAGACUUCAGUGUAACUGUGCCACAACAUUUCCAAAAUUGUUGAAUAUUGAGUUAAGUUCAACAGACAUUAAAAGUGCAAAAUAUUUGGUUAUGCUAUUUCCUUUUUUAUUGUAAAGUGAUUCUUUUAUUUUACAAUAAAGAUAAUUAUAUUACCUA